GUGUUUUCUGGAGAGAGUGCGAGUCGGGUGACGGCCUGUUUUGUGGUUUCCCAGCAGAUGUUUGCUGUUUGUUUCCUCUCCCCGUGUCUCCCUCCAUCCGCGGGCGCAUCGGCGCGCUGUUACCCCGCGCUGCCACGCUCCCCCGGCGUCAGUCGGCCCCGCCGGCAUUCGGGAGGUUCCGCUCGCUUCAUUCCUGCUCACGGGAUGCGAGCGCGUCACGCUGUAGGUGCAAGUCCCUGCUCCUCUCUCCCCGUCGGAUGGAGGACGCUGAGGUCCCGGACGCUCGACUCACCGCUCUGCUGGGUCGCGGGUCCCGGUUCGCCUCUGCUGCCGCGUGCACCUCCGCGCUUGGGGCUCUUUGAAGCCCAUGGAAAUAGCUGGUUGAAAGAAAUAUGGUGGAAAGUCUCGCGGCCUGUGUUUACACCAGGCCAGAUGGCUCUAAACAAGCUGCAGCGGUGGGGGCUCCAAUACACUGUUCUUAGAAGGGCUUCAUUUAGACGGCCCCGCUGCUGCUUGUACACAGAGGUGGCUCUUUUAGGAACUUUUUUUUUUUUUAAAGUUGUUUGGAAAUCCAAAUCCCACCCAUAGGGGACGACGGCGCUGAAGUGAAAAUUGCCGUGCAGCAGGAAGACGGUCGGCUGAUGUCUGUAUUGCGUCUGACCUGUCGGCUAAAAGGAUUUACAGCGCGUGCGUUGGAACGAGCUCAUCCCUCAUUAUGUCAGAUGAAAUGGAGGCAGAUUUAUGGCCAUCAUCUAUUCAUGGCCACCGCUGGAAGUGACGUCUGGGAUGGGAGGCGCGGCUUUUCCUCUGCUUUCGUGGGUGUGACUGGACAAGUUAUUGAAAGUGACGAAUACUUAAAUGGAGGAGUGUCCAUUUCGGGAAUCUCCAACAGGAGCGAUGAGCGUGCUGCUGCUGUGUCUCAGGUUGUGACGCUGUGUGCGUUGCAUUGUGUUACAGUGGGUGGAGAGUCGCCUGCGUGCACGUCUGUAACGUGCUGUGUGUUUAGGUAGUCCUGCCUGCACGUCCAGGCAAAUUAGGGCCUUUAAGAGCAUUUGCCCACAAGCUUUCAUACCCUCAGGCUAACUGUAAAACUAGCGCCGGCCUCUGAGCGGGUGUGUCGCGUCCCGUUGGAUUCGGCCAAGCGGUUGCCAUGGGAACGGGCUCUCGCUGCAGGUGGUUUGCAGUGGAAUGUGGUCCCUCGAGGCACACUUUAAGUGCGCCUGUGUGCAGCAUACCUGGCUCUCUCUCCCCGCGCUGCUUUCCACACCACCGUGCUUUCAGAUCGACAAAAGGACUCAGAGGAUCAGUUUAGUGUGUGUGUGUGUGUGCGUGCGUGCAUGUGUGUGAGCAGGAGAGGGAGUUGAUUGUUGUACGCCCUGCCCAGUGCUCGCUUAUAAACUCAAUGCCCUCACACAGUAGGGCAAAGGGAGGGGGAGAGAGGCCGGCGUGGAGUGGAAAUAAAAUCAUAUAAUGACAUAAUGAAGGAAGGCAAAUAAAAGGAGAGAGGAGCAAAGCGAACAAGAGCAAAAAAGAGAGCGGGAUGGAGCGAAAGUGAGCGCAUGAGACGCUGCGUGUCUGGUCGUGUCUGCUGCCAUGCAUUCCGGGCGAGGCCACUUCCUCCCGGCCCUGACCCCGGCCGCCUCGGCCCGGCCCGGCCCGGCCCGGCCCGGCCCGCCAGCGCCGGGGAAGUCUGCCUGGCCCACUUAGGUCAACACGGCUGCCUCCGGACGGCGGCGGCUGUGUGAGAGCGGAGCGACAGCUGUGCAGCGGAGGGUGCUCGCAGAAUUUUCCAGAGAGAGAGGAGCGAGAAAGAAAGAGCUUUUCAAGGGAUGAAAUUCUUGGCUCCCUUGAAGCUCAGGGUACAGCUGGAGCACUUCUCCCUCCCUCCGCCCUGCUUCCCUCCUCCUCUUCCUCUCUGUCCUACCUCCUUCGCUUCCUCCCGUGCUUCCCCUCCUCUGCCUCUUGUCCUAUAUUGUAAAAUUCCUCCUGGCUGCUGCUGUUGUUGUUGUUGUUGUUGCUAGUUUUCCCUCCUACCACACAGGUUGCUCAUGGGGCUAGUUUGAUUGGACGGAGCUUCUUUGACCAUGUGGUGAUGAGACACAUCAAAGAGCAGCGUUCUUCUCUGUGCCUGAGUCCUUGUGCACAGCUGCACAGGUUUACACCACCUUUAGCCACGUGUUUAGCUCUAAAGGGAAACCCCCAGUUCUGACCCCCAGGUGGGUCAGUGAAUGCACCAGACAGGAUGGUUAAGGCAGGGAAUUAAAAGUGUUAAUGGCUGUAAUGACCUAGAUUCUUUCUGUGCUCCUCGCCCUCGAGCGCAGACGCGGGAGCUCCGCCGCAUCGCAACUUCCUCGCUCCAAGAGCAAAGAAUUCAAAGUCGGGCAUGGAGGGGAAGUCCCCGCUAAUCUAGGAGCUCCAGUCUCCCCGUCCUUUCUUUCCACUGACACUCACGCUUCUUCUCCUCUCUCCCAGCAUGUCUUCCGCCCUCGCUCUCCUCCCCCCUAUCUGCCCCCCCUCGCUAAUGUGGGGCAUUCCUGGGGUAUGACUCACAGUCUGAACAGCACCGGGUCUGUGUCCACUGUGAGGACGGCGUCAGCAGAGUGGGAUGAGAAGCGACUCGGAGCGCCGCCGCUCCCCCGGCGUGCCGGUGGGUCCGCGAAUCCGCUCCGCCUGGAGGAUUCAAAAGGGCAGAACGAGAAGGGGGCGAAGAAGGGGGAGCAGGAAAUGAUUAGGAGACUCCGGGUCCUGCUGAGGUUCCGAUGAUGUCUCCAAAUGGAUCAAUCCCCCCCAUACACGUACCACCUGGAUACAUCUCACAGGUCCUGGAGGAUACCACGGGGGUCCGACGAGUGGUGGUGACCCCCCAGUCUGCGGAGUGCUACCCGCCCUCCUACUCGCCGGCCCUGUCGCCCACACACCACCUCCCCCCCUACCUGGCUCACCCCCACUUCAUCCCCAGCUCCUUCUACCCCCCUGUCAGCCCUGGGGAGCUGCCCCCGCACCAGUACUACCAGCACCACCUCCCACCCAUGUACAGCGACCCAGAAAUAAUUCCAGUUUACGGGAGUUUAUGGGGCAGAGAGGACACUUAUACUAAGCCACAGCCCAAAAAGAUAAAGGAGCAGAGACAACUAGAGCGACAGAACAGACUAAACUCGCCUCCAUCCACUCUGUAUAAGGGCAGCCUGGGACUAGCACACAACGGAUACAGCAACAAAUCGCACACCCCAUCACUUGGGUCGGUGGGGUCUGGAGGCGGAGGAGGCAGUCCGGGAGGGAAGAAGCCGGAGAGGCGACUCAGAAGCAGUCCACGAAACAGUGAACCCGAGACGCACACACAAGAUCACGAUUCGGAGGGGAAACACGUUCAAGAUGCGCUGUCUGCGAUCGACAAACCACAGGUGUCCAACGUGCAGGCGCGGACCGCGCGGCUGUCCUGGGCGCCGCCGGUGGGGCUGGCGAGGCAUAGCAACGGGAUGCCCGUGUCCUGCUCCUACGAGGUGUCUCUGUCAGACAAGGGGCGGGACGGGAAGUAUCGGCUGGUGUACAGUGGCGAGGAGCUGGAGUACCAUCUGAAAGACCUAAGGCCAGCGACGGACUACCACGUACGUGUGUCGGCGCUGUACAACUCUGUUCGGGGCUCGUGUUCGGAGGCCGGCUCGUUCACUACGCACUGCAGCGUCCCCGACGUCCCGUCGCCCCCCAAACUCUCCCAUCGCACCAAGAGCACCCUGACCCUGCAGUGGAAGCCCCCGGGCGACAACGGCUCCAAAAUCACAAACUACCUGCUGGAGUGGGAUGAGGGAAAGAAGAACAGUGUUUUCAGAGAAUGCUACUUUGGGAGCCAGAGACACUGUAAGCUGACUAGACUGUCUCCCGCCUGUGGCUACACUUUCAGAGUGGCUGCACACAACGACAUCGGCACAAGUGGCUUCAGCACAGAGGUGGUGUUCUACACCAUGGGCACGCUGCCCGCUUUGCCUCUGGCACCGCGGCUGGUCAGGGCAGGGGUGUCCUGGGUGACCCUGGAGUGGGGGCGUCCAGAGGGGAGUCCCAGCGAGGACCAGCUCAAAUACACAUUAGAGAUCCAGGAGGACAACAGUGGAACAGACUUUCAUCCAAAGUACACUGGAGAAAACUUGACCUGUACUGUACAAGGCCUGAAGAGGAGCACGCAGUAUAAAUUCAGGCUCGUAGCGUCGAACAUGGAGGGAAAGAGCAGCCCCAGCGAGGUGCUGGUGUGCACCACCAGCCCAGACAAACCGGGACCUCCAUCCACGCCCCGCGUCACCAUGGUGACGCCCUACGGGUUCACCGUCACGUGGGAUCCUCCGAAGGACAACGGGGGCUCAGAGGCGCUUACGUAUCUGCUGGAGAUCUCAGAGGGAUGCUCCGAAGCGAGCCAGUGGGAGGUCGUGUACACCGGCCCGGCGACGGAGUGCGCGUGCGAGCGCCUGACGCCUGGAACCUUCUACCACCUGCGCGUGUGCAGCAUCACCACCGGAGGACACAGCCCAUGCACCGUCAGUGUUCCCGUUCGUACGCUUAGUGUGCCGCCGGGCCCCUGCCAGCCGCCGAGGAUUGUGGGUAAAGCCAAACACAAGGAAGUGCAGUUGGAAUGGGACUCCCCCGCCCCCGAGGGCGUGUGCGAGGAGUGCGUGUUCAGCCUGGAGAUGAGCGAAGGCGAGACCACGCCGGCCGAGGUGUUCCAGGGGCCGGAGCUGCAGUGCACCGUGGGCAGCCUGCUGCCCGGGGCCACGUACAGCUUCCGACUGCGGGCGGCCAACGAGGCCGGGUUCGGGCCGUUCUCUGAGCCGACGGAGGUGGUGACGGCAGCGGGCCCUCCCGGCCAGUGCGCCGCCCCCGUCAUCACUCUGACCAGCAGCACCUCCAUAACGCUCAACUGGGAGAGCCCCGAGGGCUCGGGUACCGACAUCUCCGAGUAUCGCCUGGAGUGGGCCAAGGAGGAGGACCCCAUGGAGCUCAUCUACUGCGGCGGCGCCACACAGUGCGACCUGUCGGACCUGAUGCCCGCCACGGACUACUGCUGCAGGCUGCAGGCCGUGAAUCAGGCGGGAGCCAGCCCUUACAGCGAGCAGGUGAGCUUCCGGACCCCGGCGACACACCCCGACCAGAUCUCGUCGCUCGCCCUCCUGGACCUCGGGGCCUCCUCCGAGUCGGGUCUCUCCCCGUCGACCUGCCUGUUUUUGAAGUGGGACGAGCCGAACAGCAACGGGGCGGAGAUCGCCGCCUACGUCAUCACCCUGGACGAGCAAACCAUCACCGUGGAGUCCGGGACGAGUCACGUGGUCACGGGCCUGGAGCCUGACACCGAAUACAGUGUGCAGAUCCAGGCCGUGAACGCCAUCGGCUGCAGUCCCACGAGUCCGGCCCUGCUGGCGAGGACACGCCCCCUCCCUCCGGCCCCGCCCCCUCUGGAAUGCUCGGCCGCCGGCCCUCAGAGCCUGAAGCUCAAGUGGGGCGAGAACGCCAGCCACACGCGCGCCCUGCUCACGGACGACACGGUCUACACACUACAGAUGGAGGACAAGAACCACAGGUUUGUGACGAUCUACCGCGGCCCCAGCCACACCUACAAGGUGCAGCGAUUGACGGAGUCCAGCAGCUACAGCUUUAGAAUACAGGCCAUCAGCGACGCUGGUGACGGCCCCUUCUCCGGCACGCACACCUUCUGCACGACCAAGUCCGUGCCCCCGGCCCUCAAAGCUCCCAGAGUGCACCAGCUGGAGGGCAACGCGUGUGAGGUCACAUGGGAGACCAUCCCACCGAUGAGGGGGGACCCUGUGAGCUACGUGCUCCAGGUGCUGGUGGGACGCGAGUCCGAGUACAAACAGGUUUUCAAGGGCGAGGAGGGCGCCUUCCAGAUCUCCGGCCUCCAGGGCCACACAGACUAUCGCUUCCGCGUGGGCGCCUGCCGCCGCUGCCAGGACUCGUGCCAGGAGCUGUGCGGGCCGCUGAGCCCCUCCUCGCUGUUCACGCUGCGCCGGCCGGAGACGGCGUCGCCGGGGGAGACCGGCGCCUCGGAGGGCGGCGCCGCCGCCGCCGCCGGCCUGGUCUCCAGCGACGAGCGCUUCGCGGCGCUCAUCGUGUGCGUGUUCGCGGGCUUCUCCAUCCUCAUCGCCUGCUUGCUACAGUACUUCUUCAUGAAGUGAGGGAAUUUUAACUCUAGGAUAGAAAGAGAAAGCAAAUCACAGAAACUAUAAAAAAUGUCUAUGAAAGAACCUAAUGAAAUCACAACAAACACUUGAGAUGUACUUCUAAGGCUAUAUAAGUUUUUAUUUUUAGUGGAUAUCUUGAUUCAGGCGUUCCUCACCUUGUACCUGUCAUCUUCUGCCUUGACUCCAUUCAGUCUCACUUUUCUCUGUCUCUGUUGUCUUCGUAUCACUGUCCGUCUCACGUGAUUUGUGUGGAGGGAAGCCUCGUCUUAGCUGUACCUCAGUUGGGAAAGAAAACUGAUAAUCAAGCCUUAAACUAGCUGUGAGCAAAGCAGUUGCUCCUCAGACUGACCUGCAUGUUUUUAUUUUGUAUCUUUUUAAAACAUACUCAAACGUGUAUAUUUCUUGACGGUCAUUGCCUUACUUUUUUUUUUUUCCUAAUGAUUUCGUUUUUAGCCGCAGACUUUAUUCUUUCCAGCCAUAAUCCAACGUAGGCCUUAAAAAGAAGCUUUAGCCGUACGUACCUUGUUAUUCGGUUUUGGUCAUGGGGCUGACGUGGACACGGCGGAGCACACACAUGUGUGGACUUAGAUACGCGCACGCUCAGUCACACACACACACACACACACAUGCAACGACAAUGAGAAACACACAUGUGAAGGAGGAGUCAAUCACGUAUCCGCUCGGCUUUUCAACUUUGAGUCUGCUGCCAAAGUGAUGCAAUUCAUGUGUGGGUGAGAUGCUGCUAUCCUGUGGUUUUUAUUUCUCUAAGACAGAAUGGAAAAUCAGUUAUCUAAUACACACACACACAGUCACAGUAUAUAUAUACUUUAUAACGAAUAUCUAUGAUGCUAUAGAGGUGAUGUAAUAUAAGUGAUGGCAAUGCAAGUUCUGAAAAAGGGAGAGGAGUCGAUUCAAGGUGCUCACACGGCCGCUCUGAGCUUCAGCGCUGGUCUGGGAUCAGCUGGUGAACCUGUUGGGAUGCUGUGGCCAGGAGACGGGCUGGACUGAGCACAGGUGCAGCUUCUCGAGCCCCGCGGCUCCAGCCUGUUGCUCUGCUUCACCCACCCAGAGGUGCUAACACCCUAGCCGUCGUCCUAGCUAGCUCUGUGUGUGUGUGUGUGUGUGUGUGUGUGUGUGUGUGUGUUUGUGUUCGCGUGCGUGUGAGCUUUACCCCUAGAAGCUGCCAGCCCGGGCGGUGCUGAAGCUGUAGUUUCUCCUUCCAGCCAGUCUGUGAAUCAAUACGUUUGAAUACUCCCUCUGUUCUCCUCUCCUGCCUAUAAUUAUCUGUAAGCACCAGUUGUUGAUUUAAUUUUUUUAUUUUUUUAUGCGCUCUGGCUGCUCUUCUCUUGCCUUCGAUCCAUCCCAUCUUUUCUGCCCGUGCACUGCUCGCUCUCCCUCGAUUAAAAGGUGCUUUAUCGACAUGCGAUUCGGGCAGCGGACGCGCUCUCCGGGGAUCCGAACUAACGUUCACUAACCAAACGAGCCCGGGACGGAGCACACGCGAACAGAGCAGGGCAUUCUGACACACACAUAACACCCACUGACCCCCUCCCCCCCAAAAAAAAACAAAGCCACGGUACCGAACAUUACACCUUAUCAAUCCAAAGAAGCCAGACCGACCCAACGUGUGACAUGUCAUCAUCAUUUGCCGCGUGGGGGUGAGGGGGGAGGAGGGGGGAGGUGGGUGCUCUCUGAUCGGCAGCCUGUAUCGUACCUCAGGGAUAAGGCUUUACAGACUGGGGAGCUGAUCUUGUUUUCCCCCACUGCUGUCGUCAUCAUCAUCUUCGUCGCCGGCCUCUCUCCCUCCGCUUCUUCCCGUCUUCCUUCCGUUUCCUCGCUGCUGUGUCUCGUCCUCCUGUCUGUGCUGAGCCUCGCUCCUGCACGUGUCAGUAAGCAAAGUGGUUUACUCGCUCAAAAUACCUUUGCCAAAGUUGAUGGGAAAGUUAAGGUGGAGUUCUUUUCUAGGUUUUAUUUAUACUAUAUAUUUGCAUACCGUACUUUACAUGCCAAUUACAGUGCAAUCUUCAUUUAUUUAUUGUUUAAAGAUUAAGAGACAGUGUAGUUAUAUACUAAUUUUUUUUCCUUGUAGCAUGUUUUUUUUUUUUAAUUUUCAUUUUGUAAUGGAUGUAUGUUAGAUUGUAUGAUUAAGGCCAGCAUUCCUUAUCUCAGUAACCCUUUAAGUAUUUCUCUUACAGCUGUUCUGUAGCCCAUCUGUCCAUGCAGUUAUCAUUGCCGUUUCAGACAUGUAACCAAAUGCCUGCGUAUUUUUGUGUUUUAUUUUCUUUCAUCUCCCGCUCCGUGCACAGCCGAACAGUAACGCUUAGAGAGACGUGUAGCAAAGCCAGACCGUAGGCUCAGUUCAAUUCAUCUCUCCUGGGAUACCAUUGCUGCCUCUGGCUUUUUUUAAUCUUCUGAUUAGUGUUAUAAUGAAGCUUCUGAUAUAUUUUUUACUGUUUUAUUGCCAAAGUGCAGGUUUCUGGUGUCCGCUAGAUGUCGCGUGUUCAGUCAGUAAAGGGUUUAUGUGACGUUCUUCUGUAGCCACACAGCAUUACAAUUAUUAUUAUUAUUGUUAUUAUUCUCUCAAAAGGACAAAAAAACAUUAACUUGAUCUGUGAUUAUGCUUCUUUUCAUAUUAUCUUUCAUUAUUUUGUUUUGUAAAGCAAAAUGUGCCAUUUGAUGAAAUGCGUAGCCCCUUGUGGAGGAGAGUUCGGAACUCGGCCGGGAUUCACACUGAAAGGUUUAAGAAGUUAAAAAAAAAAGGCAAAAACAAUCACGAUGAUUUCAGGCAGAUGACAAUAAUAAUAAUGACGACUCCUUGUUCAGGCUAGUGCUGGUGUAGUGGUAGUGAGUAUUUUGUAUCCAGUAUUUUGCUAAGAGAUGAUAUACAGAGAUAUCUAUAGAGCUAUAGAAUGAGAUGGUAAAUACAUACAUUAUGACUAACAGAGUUGAUGCACUUUUUUUUAGUCUUGAUGAGGUUUCUGAGUGAGGAGACACGCAGCCCCCUCAACCCCCAACCCCCACCCCCACUACUCCCGCCCCUGCUUGUUCCCAAAACACUACUGCCAACUAACUCAGACUGUUACGUUCUCUCGGUUGGCGCCACUGUGACGUCAGCAUCACCGGACCCCCCCCCUCCCCAAACGGCGCCACACGGUACCCUCCCCUGAACAAACGCGCACUCGGUGUGUCUAGGCGGCCCGUGGCGUCACACCCGACAGGUGAGGCGCCCUGUCCGUGAACGCGUCUCAAGCCCCGUGGAGCUCGGCGGGAGGUCAGAAGUGCGGCCCAGCGUGGCGGUCCCCGGGCGGCUGCGCGUGCCUUCACGUGCGCCCCGCCCGCCUCUGUUCUCGCGCGGUUGUGUAGCCCCGCCCACCACGGGCGCCCCUCCCCCACACGCCAACAGGUGCGCAGAGAGCGCGAGGCGGUGUUCGGCCUCGCAGCCCCCCCACCUCCCCAUCCCCCCCACGCCUGUGCCUUCUGAACGGUUUCAGUUCGUUCUCAGAUUUUUUUUCUUUUACUGUACGUUUUACAGCGAGUAGAGAUUCUGACUGAGAGAUUGCCGAUUUGACACAAACGUACAGAGACUCACAGGUAUUUAACUAUUUUUUAAGCAAGACAAAAAAAAAACAAUGAUAUUUUUACCUCACGAUUUAAAUGAACAUUCCAACGUUGUCAUGGUCUACGAAUUGAGAAAAAAGAAAAUCAUGCAUUUCUUCUUGUAUUGUAAAUGUUAGACAAUUUCAUAUGCAUUAUAUAAAAGAAACUGCCAUAUCAAUUUUAAUGUAUAGAUUUUUGCAAAUACCACCCUAUGUAUGUAAGACGUAACUGUAUCGGUAGCGUAUAUAUAAUAUAUUUAUGCCCAAUAAAUGUUUUAAUUUUUUUCUGA